AUGUCACCAUACGACUUCCACAUCUCAACUCCCCGCCUCUACCUCUCCUACCUCGAUCCGUCCUCUGACGAACACUGCGAUUUCACUCUUGCACUUUACCAUGGCGCUCCGUCUGUCCGUCGGUACCCUAGCGUAACUAAAGACGUACCAGAUCGCGAAGCAGCGCGGAAGAUCGCCGCUUCUGGAGAUGAGAAGCUUCGUGCGACGGGCUAUGGGCGGUACAUCAUCAGCUUGAAACCAGAGUCACACGAAGGAGACGAUGAGACCGGAGUUCCAUUCUCACAGAGAAAAUUAGAACACAUUGGGAUCGUGAGCAUGCAACUGGGACGUGUUGCAGGCGAGCAAGCACCCACCAUGCCGGACGUCGGCUUCAACAUGUUGGAGCGGUAUCAUGGGAAGGGAUACGCGACGGAAGCUACACAGGGGUUGAUCAAGUACUUUCGCGAGGAGAAAGGUGCGAAAGAGAUUGCGGGUUUGACCGACGACACAAACGAAGAGGCGAAGAGGCUCUUCCGCAGACUGGGGUUCACGAAUCAUGGAGUCAGGACAGUACGUGGUAUUCGGUGGUCGGGUGAAGUGCUUGACGUGGAUCUCUGGACCUUGGGACUUGAGGAUGGGAAGAAACUGGAGGACUUUGGAUUCUGA